CGCUAGCUUCGAUUUAGUGCAGACCUACCAAGCAAAACAGCUCAAGAUGGCUUUUAAGAUUGUUGUUCUGUUCGCUACCCUGGCUUGCGCCAGUGCCGGUUACGUCGAACCGGAGCACCACCAUCUGUCCUAUGCUGCCGCCCCGGUCGCACACUACUCGUCCGCUCCGGCCGUGAGCUACAGCUCUAUCACACGCCACGAAACGCCGAAGGUGGCCGUCGCCAAGCAGGUCACCUAUGCUGAGCCGGCGGUCCACUAUGCUGCCCCGCUCACCAAGACCUAUGCCGUGCACGAGCCCGCCCUGAAGACGGUCGUCGCCCAGCCCGCCUACACCAAGACGGUGUACGCACAGGAGCCAGCCCAUGUGUACGCUCAUGCCGCCCCGGUCGUUGCCGCCAAGACGGUGUCCUAUGCCGCGCCGCAGGUCCACUACCAGGCUGCCCCGCAGGUCCACUACCAGGCUGCCCCGCAGGUCCACUACCAGGCCGCUCCGGCGCUGGUGAAGAACGUCGAGUACACGAAGACGCUCGCGUACGCCCCGGUCACCAAGACUCUCGUGUCCGAGCCGACCUACACCAAGCACGUCGUUGCCGAGCCGACCUACACGAAGACGCUCCUGGCCCAGCCCGCUUACACCAAGUACGUGUCGCAGCCCACCUACACCAAGACCCUGGUCGCUGAGCAUCAGCCGCUGUACCAUCAUCAGCCCGCCGUGUACGCUCAUGCUGCCCCGGUCGUUGCUGCCAAGACGGUGAGCUACGCUGCGCCGGCUGCUCAUGUGUCGCACGUCAGCUACGCCGACAAUGCCGCCCACUACGCCUGGUAAGAAGGAUGCGGCCGAAAGGUAUCCCGCGGGAAAGGAAACGCCUGCUCAGGAACUGCACAAUGAACCUUUUUUUCUUUUUGCAAAGCGAUGUUGAAUGUUUCGUUGAAAAUACAUAAAUUAUUGUGAAUGAAAAA